CGUUCGCAGAAUGCACAAAUCUGCCCUGUGAUGCACUGAGGGUGCAUACUGGUUGCACACGCAGCUACAUACGUCCUGUUAAGGCGGCGAUGCGCCAUAGCAGCCUUUGCGGAUCGAAAUGGCAAGUUUCGCUAAAGUUAAUACUUUAAUGUUUCCCUUUGGCUUAGUGAUCUGUGGUACGCGCCAUGCCUUAUUGUUCUAUGCGCCACACAUAACAGCAUCAUGGGUUACAAAUUUUCGUUCAUUCGACUUAAGUUUCAUUCCCGAAAUUUCCAAUAAAUGUAUACCGAUAAAUUAUUUUUUUAUAUACUCUUGCGAAGUUAAACGUUUGGUCCUCAUUUUUUUUUUUUUGUUAAGGAUUGGACACAGUUUAGUGAACUUUAGGUGCCAGCAAUUUGCGCGUGACGUCACGAGUGAAGUCGUCCAUUUGCGGUUUGCUGAGAUUCGAAAAAGUUUGCUUUUGUUUUGGUGCUUGUGUAUGAAGAAACUACACGAGUGGAAACGGGGCUGAUGCUAGUCACCUGUGAAUUGUUUACCUGUCAAGAAAGUGUCUACAAUGGACGAAGAAGAUCGUAAAGCAAUCACACGUAACUUGUUGUCUCUAGUUCAUCUAACAAAUUUGGACAGCCUAGUUCAGAAGUUGGUUGAUAAAAACGUGUUCUCUGAAAGAAUGGUGCAGAAAUAUCUUGAUGCAGAGCUGCCGGCGAACCAGCGCAAGCGAGAGCUGUACCUCGACGUGCAGCUGAGGGGGCCGUGCGCGUUCCGGGGCCUGAUCCAGUCGCUCGUGGAGACGGCCCAGUACCAGGUGGCCAGGAUCUUGGUGCUCCGCCCCCAGCCGCAGCGCCUCGGCGUGGCCAUGGAGCCGGAAGACGGCGACACGCCCGAUGAGGCUGUGGAGCAUCGGGUCCAUCCAUUUAUCCUGCCUUUCCCCCUUCCAGGCCUUCACCAGGGUGCUGUUUCUACAAGACUUCAAAACUUAGCGAUAGAGGAAAAUGAAGUUGUAAAUGUAGGCAGAGAACCUCUCCAAGUAGAGGUGAAACUAGCAUCCCAACGGAUGGACGUACCUUCUAAGAAGGCUCUUGCUGUUUACCGAAUGGCCUCACGUCCAAAAGGAUUGUUCUUAUUAAUCAAUAACAUCAGAUUUGAUAACGGAGAGCCCGAGAGACUAGGGGCGGAAGUGGAUCAAAACAACUUAACUGCUUUGUUUGAGCAGUUGGGGUACCAGAUAUUUGCGUAUCAAAAUUUGACUCUCAGGGAGAUGAGGAGACAGAUAUUCGAGUUUGCCCAGCUGCCCGACCACUCGAAGGUGGACUCGUGCGUGGUGUCGGUCCUGAGCCACGGCCACGCGGGGAUGGAGACCAACCUCGUGAGCACCGACGGCUGCUCCCUCUCCGUCGAGUGGGUCAUCAGCCAGUUCAAGAACGAGGCCUGCCCGCAGCUGCAGAACAAGCCCAAGAUAUUCAUCUUCCAGAGCUGCAGGGGUGAUGAAAGAGACUUUGGUGUUGUGCCAGCAAUAAGAAGACUUCACCGAGUCUCCAGUGGCAGAACUCAGUCUGAUGGGGUUGCAAUGUCGAAACUGCGCACGUAUUCAGACAUGCUCAUAGCGCACUCAACCCUGCCAGGUUAUGUUUCCCACAGAGAUAUUUACCAAGGCACUUGGUUCGUUCAAGCAAUAUGUAAAACAUUCAUGCAUCAUUCUCAUGACACAGAUAUAGAGGAUAUGCUUAAAAUGGUGGAUCAGUUGCUGGCAGAUUGCUUCUCGGAAAACCAGUCCAUGCAAACCUCCUGUUACGAAAACAGGGGCUUCCGCAAGUUUUUCUUCAAUCCGGGUCUCUACGUGGAUGAUAUAAGAAUUGUUUGAUACUAAACUUUUUUAUACUUUGUAAUAUAAUUUAUUUUUAAUAGCAAAUUUUAUAUGUAGAAACAAAUACGUACAUAUGUAGGAUUUUAUCAUUUGUGAAGAUACGUUUUAAAUGACUUGUGAUAUCUUGUAAUAUGGUAAUUGUUACCACAACGACAUGGUUUCCAUUGUAUUGUGUCUCACACGCAAUAGGGAUGAUUCAUAGUAAAUUAAUUUCAUUCUAGCGAACUACAGAUUUGUGACAUCAUAACGCUUGGAGCUAAGCAAUCCUUGUUUGGUAUAGCCUGAGACUGGGAAUGCAUAGACAUAACCCUCGCAGUAAAGUGAUAACAAGUGGAAAAAGUUGUUGCCUUUGAAUUUAAAAAUACAAGUGUGCUUUGGUAAAUAAUACUCUGUAAAUAUUCAUUGGAAAGUAGGUUAUACUAUCGAUAACACAACUUAACACCAGAUCUGAACUGAAAGAAAAGGAUGGUCAAUGAAUAAAAUUAUGUGCUUUUUUCCAUACUAAUCAUACCGUAAAUUUAACAAUCACAUCAUUUAUGAAGGGCAAAAAUCCAAGGAAAUACAUUUUACCCUAUUAAACAUUUUUGAAGUGAAACUUCUUUGGGCACAAUGAGAGUAAAAUUACAAAGCCAAAUUUUAAUGCAACAUUUUCGUGAAACAUUGUCAUGAAAUGUUUCUGACAUGAAAAGGGCAGAACAGAUAUAAAGAGAGCACAAUUUUAUAUAUGAUGCUGGGCUUUUUUUGAUCUCUUUGUGCUAUGAUGUGCCCCCACCCAAAAAAAAAAAAAAAAUAGACCUGAGAGAGAUAGAUGAACAAAACAAUAAGACGGUGUGUGUGCACAUUAACUUUAACAGAAGAUAGAUUUAGGUAUCAUAUCCAGUCAGCUGUGAAUGCCUUGAAUAUUAUAUUUGCUACCAGCGUGAUUGUGUUCCUCCUUGUUCAACCAGCAGCGUGGAGAGCUCUGUUAAAACAGUCCCUUCAUUUUCCGCUUAGAAAGUGCUUCCUGUUAUGAAUUUCAUAUUUUGUUCAGAGAUUUGGCAUGUUCCAAAUGGCAGAAUUGUUUGAAGAAACAGUAACAUGCACAGUUUUUUUUAAGGUGUAUUUCAACAGUGAGUAAUAUUUAUUAUUGACUGAUGAAUAAUUAUUGAUAUCCUGAGCAUUUAUGUUGAAGUAACUAAUAAUUUUGUUAAUUCAUGAUUAUUAAUUUAUUUAUUUUUAAUCAAAUUUCUAAUAAUAUACAAAAAAGGUUAGGAUUCUUAAAUGUGCAAAACUUUACUAUGUCUUUAAAUUCAUUUUUAUCAAGUUAUACUUGGUUGUAAGCAAAGAGAAUUACGCCCUUACAAAUUAUUGGUCAGUUUAAUGGAACAAAAAAUUACAGGAAUCAUCCCUAUUAUGAUGUGAAAUUUUAAAUAGCAUUUUUAAAUUGAUAGAUAAAAUUAUAGUUUGAUUGAAAUUUUGUGGCUAUAUGUAUAUGUGAGAUCUGAACUAAGGCUGGAAUAAUUCAAAUAUCUAGGUCUCUCUCCCCCCCCUCACCCCGUUACCAAGCUGGCAGUACUGCAUCCGUCCAAUUUCAGUAGAUCACUUGUUAUUGCUCAUCAGAAGUGGAAUAUUGGUGGAAAUUUUCAACCUAGUAGGCUCAAAAUUAUAAAAAAUACAUAUUGGGUUUUCAUUCUUUGGUUUGUAAUUUGUUUAGCAACAAACUAAGAAUUUUCCUGCAGGUAAAAGAGAACGGUUGGGCCACACACAUAUUUUAUAUAUAUAUAUAUAUAUAUAUAUAUAUAUAUAUAUAUAUAUAUAUAUAUAUAUAUAUAUAUAAAAUUACUAUUCAAAUACCUGUUGAAAUUAUAGUUGUCAAGAUAAUGCUCUUCUUACAAGGUAUUUCAUUACAAACACAAAUUUCAUAUGGUAUGGUUUGAAGUGGAUGAACUUGCAAAAUAACUUUACAAAUGUCAAUAUUAGCUAAUACACACAUUCAGAAAGAGUUAAGUAUUUGCAUUAGUAUAACAUGAUUUCUUUUUCUUUUACAAUUUAUGGAAUCAUUUACAAAUAACUUAUGUUUAGUGGAAUAGGUUCCAGACAUCAAAAUUCCAUUAAACAUUACUAAAGCAAUCUUGUACUGAAGUAAUGGCAGCUUUUUUUCCUCGUGCAAACCUCUUAUCAAAAUUACAGUGAAACAGAAGUAAAUUCAUUUUAAUAAAGAUUUUUAUUUAUUAAUGAAAUGCCUAAGUCAGUGUGUAAAGCUACAGAAACUCUUAAUAUUAGCAGAGUUCAUUUUAAGUGUGUUUCUUUCCCUGAGAUGAAUGGGAGUGACUUAUAGAAGUAUGAAUGAAUGGAUUUGAAGGUUGGACGAUAAUUAUGUACAUGAGAUAGCCUAAAAAUUACAGAAUUUUCAACACGUAACUAGCGUAUUUUGGUUGACUGUGGUAAACGGUUGCUGUUAUGGAAAUUUUUAAUUUGACAGUCCCAGCCUUAACCUUUUGACUGCUGCUUUUAGUGUUGCAAACUGGUUUAAAUGUGAAACAGUUAGUUUACCAUCUAUUUUAGUUAACAUUGUCAAAGGGAUGUAUGUAAUGUAAGUUUUAUAUGUUGACAAACAUGCUUGCUGAUUUAGAAAUGUACAUGAAAUAAUGAAAUUUCAGUAUGUUGCAUAAUCUAUAAGUUAAAUCCUGGAGCUGGGACGCUAUUGUAUUGAAUGGUGUGGGUAGUAGAAACAAGGAAGUGCUUCGAUUCACUACCAGAUGUAGUUGAUGAUCGUAAAAAUCUUAGAAUACUGGUUUGAGUCUACAACUAGGCUCUAUUGGUCAACCGUUCCUCUUUCCUUUGCCCUGAUUUGCUCAUAUCCUCUCAUUACCCUGUUCUUCUCACCUACUUCUUAAUCUUUUAUUUUCCCCCUUGCGCAAGUUUGUUGUAUUUUGGUCAGUCGUCUGUACUAUACAAUGUGCUCUUCCCCACUCUGCUACUUUCUACUAUUAUUAUGCUAGAUAGGUUUGACUGUUGGUUACUAAUACUUUCUGCCGAUAUAUAUAUAUAUAUAUAUAUAUAAUUUGUAUUAGUGUAUAAGGGUAGGUCAAACAACACAUAUUAUUCAGGUUCUGGUAAUUAUAUGUAAUAUUUAAUUACAUGUGUGGCAAUUAUUACAUCGGCGCCUAUUGCUACACAAGGGCCUAACCCACUUAACACAAAUGAGUAUUAGACCCAACACAAAGCAUAGGUUUAUAUGACAGGUUCAUUCAUAACUCUGGAAAUUGGUAAGGAAAAUUAACAUACAGUAAGUCCUCGGUUUACGUCGGGGUUAAGUUCCUGAAAACCGCGACGUAAAUAGAAACGACGCAAAAUGAGCCAUGUUUCAUGCCACCGGCCGGCCACGGCCCAAGGUCGGCUGGAAGCGCUGGCAUACAGACGUGACAACGGGCAAUUUUAUCAGCAAAUGACAACCGACAGCGUGGGAAACAAGUCCAACUAGUACUUCUCAGCUUUAUAGAAUGGUUAUUUAACCAGCUGCUUUAUUACUUUUAUUGAUUGAAAUAUAAAAACAGAUAUAUAGUACAUAUUGUACGUAAGAGCAGGAAGCGUCCCUCAUGAUGUAUGAUAAGAUAAGGCGGUGAACGUGUAGCUUAUGCUACAUAGCAUAAAUUAACUACCGAAGGAAACAAAGAAUUAUAAACUAAUUAUAUACAGUGUUUUGGUUAAAAUAAAGAUUUACGGUCAUUGUAAACGACGUUAUUGUGAAUCGGCGACAACUUAAACUGAAACAUGAGUACUCAAACAUUAGCGACGUUAAUCCGAAACGACGUAAAUCGGUACGUUGUAAAUAGAGGACUUACUGUACGUUGAAAAUUUAUUUAUUGCAAAAAUUAUUAAAUAAAAAUAUUUAAAUAAAAUUUAUUGUCAAUAAAUUACUGAACUGGGUUGUGGAAUGACUAUUAUGUUAAUCAUCUGGAUAUUUACGUCGCACACAUGAUUACGAUACAACAGUUCAUUUAGGUCCAUUCAAAAAUACGUAAUAUUAUGUUGCACUUUUGCGUUAUCAACGAGUUAGCAAUCCACAAAAUCAAGUAUUUAAAUAAUAAUUUCAGUUUGUUGUAGAGUUCGUGUACCUAGGCUUUAGCUCAGUUUUUACGAUUGGUAGGACACAAAACUAUCUCUCUCGUUUCACCUCUGGGUUAAAAUUGAUAAAUUAGAUUAUUUACAAUUACAAUAAUCUUUACUGUUUUUGGUUAUUUAAAGUCUUUUAAAAUGUUUAUAAUAUAAUUUAAACUCAAUGUUCUUUCAAUUAGUACGUAGCUAUAACAACUUUAGUAUGGCGCUGUUUCACAUGGUAUGGAGUAUUUUUACUUACAUAAACUAAUCACUCCUGGGUACAUAUUCGUCAGAAUAUGCCCUAACAAACUAGUAAACAUUUUACAACACGACGAAAAAAAACUCAUCCUUUGUUGCGGAUGGUCUGAAAUAGCUAAUAUCUUUUUUUCUUUUUGAAUUUUUAACAGGCUCCGCGCCUUUGCAUCUUACUGGGACACCAAUUAUUACAUAACUCUUUCUCAAAUAGAAACGUUCCAGACGCCUUCUACUUGAAACAUGGCCUCUGAUUGGUCGGGCCGGAAUGCUAACGAAAUUUACAAAAUCUCAUCUUGCAAACAAAAGGUAUUAACAAAGUUGGAAACACAAAACUGAAUUAAAUUUAAAAACAGAAUUUCCAACAAUGCCACAUCUUUCGUAUAUAACACGUAUAAUAAGACAGUUUAUACGUUUUGUUCAAUUGGUCCUUAGAGGGGUAUAUCUAAUUGCCGGUCCACAUAUGUCUUCCCCUCUACAUAGAGCAUAGCUCUCGUAGACAAACACUUAAGUUACAAACUCAGGUAAUCAAGUCCUGUGGGGUGAAACAAUAUUUAAAACAAAUAAUAAAAAUACAAUAUUCUUAUUCAUAAGCAUGGAAAAUAACUAAAUAUAUUCUGUACGUUAAAUGUCUAGGCAUGUAACGGUACAACAACUUCACUAUUUUCAAGGGCCAGAUAUUCUUCAAACCAAACUGAGGGCCAGACACAUGAAUAAAUAUUACAAUUCUAACAACUAUCUUUUAUUGUCAUAUUAUUCAGAAGAGUAACCAAUAAAUACAAUACAUGGCAAGUUGUAAAUAAUGGAAUAAUUUUUUUACAUAGUAAUAGAAUUAUUAAUAAUGAUGAUAAUAAUAAAGAAAAACUUUUUCUUCUGAGAAGAAUUACCACAAAGCAAUACUACAAUAUAGAUUAUAAAAAAUAUGUAAAGUUUUAUUUUCUUAAUUAUUUUUGCGAAUAAUAUGGCUUCCUAAUCGUAACUGCUGAUACAUUAUCCUACAUUAGGCAAACUAAGAUGGCUAUACAUGAGAGAGUAGCUAAAAAUAUUUUUCUGUAAGAUUCUCGAGGCGUGCCAUCGAAACAAUGUCAUGGGUUGCCAGUUGUCCAUCCGCUAGGCCUGCUUCAUGAGGUUAACAGCAUUUUCUAUUUGAGGAGUAGUUGUGGAGAUAAGGGAUGGUAAAACAGGUUUUUGUGGCACUAAUGAUAUUGUGGAUGGUACAGUUGGGGGUGUUAGGAUGAUCACUUCAAAAGCUUAGGACGCAUCAAGACGGUAGUGCUGUCUGUACUCAGUACUGUGAAAGGCCUUUAAUCGGGCACAUUCUGUAUUCCACAUAAUCAUGCUGGUAUUUCAUUUCUUGCCCAUUGUUUUCUUUGUCAAGAAGACUUCACAAAUUGAAUCUUGAAUGUUUUGAUAGGUUAGAUACAGGAACUUUUGUAUAGUUUUUGGACAGAAAUGACUGUUAGAAGUCAAUUCCAAGUUUUCCAGAUUAGCUUGAUGAUAUGGAAUAAAUUUUGCUUAUUUUUCUUAUGUAUUUUGGUUUUUACCCUUGGGCUGGAAAUUGGAGCCUGGAUGUGCUGAACAAGUAUCAGGUUUGUCAGAGGUGGGUCAGCGGGUUAUUCUCAUUCUUAGCGCCACUGUUUCGGUUGGCACUCCGUCACGGGGUUUGAUUCCAUGUCACUUAGGAUUGGAAAUCUCCCAAGAAUAGCUACUUGGAAGCCCGUCGAUUUAUGGUGAGUUCCACACCUUGUUGUUCUGCUUAACUUCCUGCGAGCAGUUUUACCGACAGACGUUUUAUGGCUCGACAAGAUUCAGUUAUGAAUAUCUCGCACAUUUACCUUUUGCAGUCACUGCUUACCAAAUCACAAGUCACUCAUUAUCAGUGCACAUUAGUCACCUGUUUCACACUAAUCAAGGUUGCCUGAGUACCUUUUCAUGCUAGAAUACUGUUGUAAAGUGUUGUAAGAUAUGACAAAUGCCGAGAUGAAGAUAGUCGUGUAUUAAUAUUAGAAGUCGCAUAGCAAUGAUAGUGUGCCAUUUACAUCCCUGGUUUUAAUUUUGACAUUCUGCAGCAGUCAAAGGGUGUAUUUUUAUUGAUGUGUAUUAUUAGUAGUUAAAGAUAAGUGCUCAAAAACUAAAGUGAUGUAAAUUGCAUUUUUAUGUUACUAGUUUUUUAAUAUAAAAAAAUUAUAUUCAUGUAUUUUAACUUUAUUAUAGUCACAAAUGUGUUAUUGUAAUGUUUUUCUACCAGUUUAUAGAAAGGUGCUGAAAUAUUUGUAGCUAGGGUUUUAUUAUUUUUGUUUAUAUUUUAAAGGGUGUGUGUAAUAUUACUUGCAUUUAUCUUAAUAGAGUUACAAGAAGUGUACAUAAGUUCCUAUUGAUGUGUAUAAUGUGAAUGUUUACUGGCAUAUAAGACGAAAAUUUUAUAAUGCAAAUUGGAAGAGCUUAAAAUUUCUACUUGUCUUGCAUGAUAGGGUGUCUCAUGUAAUGGUUCUUACGUUGCUGUUACAUAGGGUCUGCACACCUGUCAUUGGAGGAAGGUAAGGAAGAGCUAUUUUUAGAAUUAUUUGACUAUCUUUGGCUUUAUAUAUAUAUUCACACUUGUACAACUUCCACAUUUUGGAGAUCUCUACGGCUCCUUUCACGCUAUCCUUCCCCCCCCCCCCCCCCCCCCACACACACACACACACACACAAUCUGGGAACCGGGCAGAAGUAUUGUCAGCAAAAGAAAAUUUUCUUGUUUCUUUUGCACUAUAACAUAAUUGUCCAGGAUUUCAAUAGUUUUUGCAGCCAUGGACAGAAGAAAGAAAUUAUGCGCUGUGCUAAGUUUGGUCCAAAGGCAUAAAAAAAAUGGAUUUGGGUGCAUCCUCUUUUAGUAAAAAGGAAUUAAAUAGGAGUGUUUCAUCUGUUUCAAGAACUGGGACAUGGUGAAGCGAAAUUUUUUAAUUAUUUUCAUGUGUCAGUGACAGCUUUCAAUGAAAUUCAUGGCCUUCUCUAAGUUCAUUUGCAUCGUCAAAACACAGAGCUAAGGUACUGUAUUCAGCCCAUAGAAAUGCUAGCUGUAUCACUCCGGUGAGUAUUGUUGCAAACUAAUCCUAAAAUAUGUUUGUGUAAAAAAAAUUUUUAAGUAAUGAAUGGGAAUUUGAAAACAAAAUAUUUUUUUAAAGCAUUAAAAAGAAUUUCAGUAAAUUUGAAUGAGAAAAAAACUAGUUGGAAACAAAAUUUUAUGAGAACCUUAAUAAUUAUAUAAAAAUUAAAAAUUGUAGAAAAAAAUAUCAACUAAUUAUUAUUGUUAGUUCAAAAACUUUGAGAUAAAUAUAAUGUUUUUAUAAAAUAUUGAUGUAAGUUUCUGCUUAAAUGCUGUUUUUAUCAUUACAUAGCAUAAUUAGGUAAAAAUAACAAUAAAAAUCAAUAUCUUGCAUUUAUGACAAACCUGUUAGUCGAAUCAGCAGGUGAAGGUGUCUUCGAGGCUGAAGAAGCUGUACCAUGUAGCCAUUUAGGUGUGGUGGACUCCUUUUUAGCUGCCGAGUCAACAAAGCGGGAGGUUUGUACUGGAAUGACUGUUUGCGACAUUUGCUGCCGAGGGGUCAGAUGAGUGACGAUAGGCUCAAAGUGUGCUUGAGGCUGGGAAAACUGAAUGGAUGAGUGAGGGUAAUGGUGGAAAUUAGUUGGAUUCACAUGGGUAUAGUUAUGAUAAAUGGGUACUCCUUGAAUGUCCAAAACUUAUCUAGGAGGAAGAACAGUCAUAGUAUCAUUUUGGGAACUAACAGCCUUCAUUACCUGUAAUACUUCCAUCUGGAAUUCAAUGACUUGUUCAUUUAACAUUUUCACUGAUGGCAAAAAUCCUUUAAAAAAAAAACUUAAAUUAGGGUCUUCGAGACUGAGGGUUUCUUCUACAGCCUUUAGCAUUCAUGUUUCAAAUUUAUUGAGCCUCGUUUUUCUUCGUUCCUUAUUAUCUUGAGCCGUGGAAGUUUCUACAUUUACAGAAGUUCCUGCAUUACUUUGCUUUUGCUUGGUUAUUUUAGUGGGCCUUAUUUGCUGUUCUGUUGUUGCAUCUGCUCCGGUUCGAGGAGAAUAAAGACGAACAUGCUAUAAAACUUUCUGACUGAUUACUUCCUAAUGGAUUAUGGUGCACUAUCGUGGCUGAUGAAAAAGAUAUAGACUGACUAUAUGAGACAUCUCAUAUGUUUUCAUACUGUACUAUACUUAAGAAGUUUUAUUUACAUGUAUGUCUAAUUAUGUAACAUUUCUUUGUUUUAAUUUUAAAAAAAUGAUACAUUGCAAAUUUUAGCCUCACAUUAAUUAUAUCAACUGUAAACAGUUAUUUUUUAACAUAGUUAGCAUUUUAAAUUUUAAAAUUUAAUUGUAUUAAAAUAAAAAACUACAAUAUAUCAGAUGUCAUCAAUACCAGCCUAUAAAAAUUAUAUGCUGCCUACAACAAUGCUCAGAAGAGAUUUGUACUACUAUUGAGAAAACUUAAUUGUUAAAAUUUAAAAACCUUCAGAAAUGCAUUGUUGGCUACAUAAGUUUCAUAUCUAAAGACUACGUAUUACUCAUUUCUAAUUUUCAAUCUCUCUUAAAAAUAUAAUAAUGGCGAACUUAACUUACAAAUACUCUUAUUUUUGGUAGGUGUUUUACCGUUAAAAUCUUCAACAAACUGGACUCAAAAUUGACACUGUGCUUCUUUUGUAAGAUUUCUGUCUCCAAUGUUUUAUUCCACAAGUCAGACCUUUCGUAAACUACAUAUAUUAAUUUGUCGACAUCAAUGUCAAGUUCACUCGUGUUGAAGGUCGCCGGAAGAACCGUCGGGUAAACUGCCGGAAAUGUGAAUGCACUAAUACUGCGCAGUAUACUACUAAGCAAUUAUCAGGCUAUUUCACCGUCCGGCGACCGGGCGUUUGUACUGGCAUUCCGGCGAGAGUCAUCAGGUAGUCAGAUGACGAAACUGCCGGGUGUUCGUUGUGUGAACACACUCUUGCCCCUCAAUGUAUCCAUCUCACUGCCGUCCAGGAACCAGACGGCAUAAAAACCGGAUUGUGUGAAAGGAGCUUAUGUCAUACUUUACUUUCUGAUAUGAGUGGACAGUGUCAAAGGGGUAUAAGUAAAUAUAUGAUGGGAGACUUUCGGGCUUAUUUUCUCAUAAAUAAAAAGCAAUAACAUUUUGUUAGAUAGUUUAUGAAAACUUGCUACAUGGCAACAGAAACAAGAGUACACGUGUAUCCCUUUGGGACCAAACAAUUUCCCUUUGCCUAAAGACAGUUUCAUAUUACGAUUCAACUAAACAAUCUAUAUUCUGUCCCUUACACACCUUUGAUUCUAACCAUCUCAUGUGGUUUCUUCAGGUAGUUCUAACGGACCCUCCCUCCUGCAAUUCUGCUUGUACGCUCUCCCUACACUCCAUCUGUAACGGCAGUCUAGUCCUAGGCAUUCCUCUAAAAUCGUUUUAACUUGUCUUUGGUAAACUCCUGCUCAAAUGUAUUUCAAUCGCACGUGGAUAAAGCAAGCUUAUACCAGGUGGCCUCGCGUCUUAUAUGCCGGAAACUACUGUAUUAACUUCACCAUAGUGUGGACAGUGGUGGAGGUUUGUGGUUGUGUUCUGUUACUUUAUGAUUGGUAGUACUGAGGAAAGUGCCUACUUUAUUAGGUGUUCCUCACCCCUCCCUCUAUCCUUCACCUCCUCGUGCACAUUCGCUGCAGCACUGUCUCUGCCCAUCACGUGUAAACAACUCACUUCAAUGCUGUGUGAGGGCUGCCGUUACUUGAAAUGUGCGUUUAACUUAACUUUUUUAUAGUUUGUUUUAUUUUACAGCUACUGAUGCUACCAUUGUUUCACAAGUGACAUGUUCUCUCUGUGCAAUUUGCAGUACUUUAUACAUUGCUCCUAUUUUUCUUUUUUGAUACAGUGUCCUUUAUAUUGUAUUGUAUUCCGUCGCCAUUGUGUUAUUUGUUCGACAUUCUUAAUUGUAAGUAACAGAGUGAAAUUUCUGAUCUCAAAUCAUGGUAGCGUAAGUUUUCCCGACAAGUUACAGAAUGUGCAAGUAUUUUUGAGGUCAUGAAUGUGUCCACCAGGUGCGUCAAUGGUGCAGCAUCGUGAAGCAGGUUUCCGGUUGUAGGAACUUUCUUUUGUCUUUUUACUUGGUUAUGUGUGACACUGAACCGAGUGAAAAAUGUCAUUGUGCUCAUGAAAUUUUGCUUCUGUAAUAAUCCAAGAAUCAUCAAGAACAGAACUGAUUAAAUUGAACGUGCUAGAAAAAUGUUGGAUCCUAAAAAUAUUAUGCACAAGAGACAGGUAAUUUACACUGAUGGUACGUAAAUGGUGCUUCCGAUAUUAUUAUUUUUCUGGUUUAUUAUAGUAUUCGCUUAGUGAAAUUUUUGCCUCGAAAAUUUCAGGAAACUUCGAAAGGAAAAUAUUCAUCAGCACAUAAUUUAUGAGAUUCCAUUGUCCUGAAAUGGGAGACUUAAUUUUGCAGUUGAAGUGAUGGCUAAGAGGUGGUCCCGUCCAAGACCUUCCGGCUCUGUUCCCAUCCGGGUCAAACUCGGACAUGUCUUCAGUGGGAAACUUGGCGUGGGUUUCCUCAUAGUACUCCCGUACCCCCAACCCAGUAUUUCCAUUAAGGGUCCACGUGUGUUCAGUGAACUUCAGUUAGUCUCGACAGUCCUAUGCAUAGUUUGUUGCUGUAUUGUGGGCUCGUUGGCUCUUGUGUGUCCGACUUGGUCACAGUGAUGUGGCACUGCUCAGGUUGCAGGUUUGUUGUUAGCGCAGACAACUCCGUAUGAACUGAGAGCCAGUUGCAACAGCAGCACAAAGGCUGUAGUGUUUCAGCCUGUUGUAACAUGAAUCUGCAAAUUCCUUCGGCUCCGUUACGUAAAACGUAUGUAAAAAAAAAGUUUUUUUUUUAUUUGUGAUUGGUUUUUCUGUGUAGUAGUUUUAUGGUUGACUUAGCUCUCUUUAUGUGAUUUACAUUAUGUACAUGCAUACUAUAUGUGUAUUAGUAUUAAACAUCCAAUUGUAAAUUUAUAUUUUAAUUGUGUAUGUGAUGUUUAUGUUUUGGAUUUUUCGUUUUAAUUUUGUUAAUAAUAUUUGUGUUAAGCAUUUUUAUGUGUCUUUUCUUAUGCUAA